AAUCCUAUUCGCGCUUCCAAGCUAGAACCCAAGAGUUCCACUAGUUCACACUUUUCCAAAAUCAAUAUGGCCAACCUAGUGAAAUCAAUUCUUCAUCUUGGUGGCAAUGACCCCAACCCGUUAACCAUGUCCGAUGAGCACAUUUUGGAGGAGAUUUAUUCAACUCAUGUCCAAAGUGACACUAAGUUUGAUGCGGGCUCACUUUUCACCCUUGCUGAAAACAUCCUUAAGCAUUCAACCCAUAUUGUUGACAAUGUUGUGCAAGGAAACCAGGGAAGCCCCGAGCAUAUGGAUGACAAGAUUCCUCAAGCUAGCUUCAACUCACCGUUGUGUACUUUGAAGCAAAUUUCUUCUGAGAUGGCAUGCAAGCCUCCAGGUGAGGAAAUUGCUCACAAGACCACAUUAGCCAUCUUGGACAAGUUGUCAAGCUAUUCGUGGGAAGCAAAAGCGGUGCUUACUCUUGCAGCCUUUGCUAUUGAAUAUGGCGAGUUUUGGUUCCUUUCUCUGCAUCAGCCAACAGACCCACUUGCCAAAUCAUUAGCUACAAUCAAGCGUGUUCCUGUGCUCACUAAGCCCGCAGCCAUACGGAAACACCGCAAUGCCAUUUUGGAACUCAACAAUCUCAUCAAGGCUACUUUGCAAGUGAUUGAGGUCAUUUUUGAGUUGGAAAAGCUUACUUCUUACAGCACAAAGGAAGUGCCAGCUUUGGUUCCAGCCUUAGAACAAGUCCCAGUAGAUGUCUACUGGGCUAUCAUCACCGUUGUGGCAAUUGUCACUCAGAUUGAUUGCCUCACUACUGAUUCGGAGAAGAGGCAGGAGUUAUCCCAAUUUGGUCAAAAGAUUAACAUCAUACUCAGCAAAUUAAGGAAGCAGAUGCAACUGUGCAAUCACCAAAUCGAGGAAGCAGAAUAUGACAAGAAAAUCAAGAAACUCUUUCAAACCCCCACAGAGAUUAUGGAGGUGUUUAAGGUGUUGAUUUUUGGGAAAGAGACUCCACAGGCACCCAUCUAUGAUGGUGCCACUAAAUCAUUGGUAAACAUUGAAGUGCUGAAAAAGAAGAAUGUGUUCUUGUUCAUUUCAACCCUGGAUGUCACCCUAGAAGAAAUCUCUAUUAUGAAGCCUAUCUACGAUAGAACAAAAUCAGAAAACCAAUACAAGAUUGUGUGGGUUCCCAUUGUGGAGGAAUGGAAUGAUCAACUACGAAGGAAAUUUGAAUAUCUGAAGUCUAAAAUGUCCUGGUACGUGUUGCAAUACUUUUCAACUAUAAAAGGCUUCAGGUUCAUAAAGGAGGAAUGGCAAUUCAAGAAGAAGCCUAUGUUUGUGGUGAUGAACCCUCAAGGAAAGAUUCUGCAUCCGAAUGCAUUCCACAUGAUUCAAGUUUGGGGAUUGGAUGCCUUCCCUUUCACUCAAACCAUUGAAACAAAACUGACCCAAGAAGCAAGUUGGAUUGAGUCACUCGUGAUUAACAUAAAUCCACAAUUAACCACAUGGAUCAAGGAGCAAAAGUAUAUCUUCUUUUAUGGAGGUAAGGAUAAGGAAUGGAUUCAACAAUUCAAUAAAUAUGCGGGUGCAUUAGCAAAUGAUGCCAAUCUUAAGGAGGCAAAGGUUUCAAUUGAGCUAUUUUGUGUGGAGUUUGAACACCCGAAUGUUGUCACCCGCUUUUGGAGAGGGAUAGAAAGUUUGUUUGUGACAAAGAUGCACAUGACAACCAACACUGUAACAAAAGAGGUGCAAAAAAUGCUUUCCUACAAGAAUGAGAGUGGAUGGGCACUUCUUGCCAAGGGCUCUACAGUGGUGCUCACUGGCCAUGGAACCACCAUUUUGAAGACAGUGGCAGAGUUUGAGAAAUGGAAGGAAAUAGCAAUCAAACAAGGCUUCGAGAUAUCCUUUAGAGAACAACAUGAUAAAGUUGUUCGCACUACUCAUCGUUGCUCCCACCUCGAAAUUCCUAAUGUUGCUGGAAAAAUUCCCGACACAAUUGAGUGUCCAGACUGUCACCGCACAAUGGAAGUGUUUAUCAGUUACAAGUGUUGCCACAAAGAGAAUACUACUAAUGCCGAGCAUUAAUAUAUCAGUUUCUUUACCAUAUAACUAGAGUCUACAGUACGAUCUCCUUUCUCUUGUAUUUUCUUAAGUCUAGUUUGCAUUAUCGUUGUGGGUUCACUGUCUUUUCUUAAGUCUACUAAUUCGCACAAUUGAGCAUUAAAUAAGUCUAGUUUUUUUUUUUAUGAGAUCACUGUCUGUUCUAUGUUUCGUUGUGGGUUGGGGCCAAAUUAGUAAUUUGCAUUAUCGUUGAUCAGAGUCUGGUCUCGAAUUAAUGCAGCUACAAUAAGGCCAUUUGUCAACUUUGUGUUCUAUUAUAUGAAUGAAUAAUGAGUGCAGUAUUCACGUUU